GAGAAAGAAGCGACAGUGUUUCUCCGUACGUUGUCUCUCCGUACGUCGGCAAUGGAAGUUCUUCCGAGAACGUCGGCGAGCUUCGUUUCUCUGCUUAUCCUCUGUAUCUCAUUGGUUGCUUUGCACUGUGUCCUAAUUGGAGCAGAUAUAUCUGAUGCUACAGCACGGCAAAGAGAUAUCAGUAAAUACCGAUCGCUCUGUGAUUGUGAGCAAUGUGAAGAUGGCACGGGAGAGGGUGCAUCUGUGAUCAGAGUCAGUACUCUACCAGAUGAAAAGAAUAUUGACAUAAUUGCGACAUACAGCAACAAUCUUGGAGCUAUGCAAAGUAGUAGGGUUAAAAUGGGGGACCUAUCCGCUUCUUGGGUCUUGGAAAAUCCUGUUGAUGGAAGGCAGGAACAUCCAAAGAGAUUUGAGAUGGCGGAGGAUUCAUCUCAAUCUGGAUUGACAUUUGAAGAAAAGACUCAGCAUCCUACAGAUGAUCAUCAAUCUGGUGAAGGUGAACUUCCAUAUUCUCGUCUAUCAUCAAUGAGCCCAGUGAAGCUCAAGCGUCGGGUAAUGCGGCAAGAAAGGAGGAAUCUUCGGACUGCAGAGUUGAUAGGAAAGGAUACAGAAGCUAAUAACCAGAUGGCUGCAGCAGCAAUUGAACGAUCAAAAGACUUUGAUCCCCUUGUCAAGGGAAAGUACAGCAUAUGGAGGAGUGAUUAUGAAAGCCCAAAUUCUGAUUCAACCUUGAAACUUAUGCUGGACCAGAUCAUAAUGGCCAAAUCUUACGCAAGCAUUGCCAUGUCGAAGAAUGAAACUGAUCUUUUUAAUUCUCUCAUGAAACACUAUAAACUUAGUCAGCAUGCUAUUGGAGAAGCAAGUUCAGACGCUGAGCUUCAUUCAAGUGCACUUAACCGAGCCAAAGCAAUGGGCCGUGUUCUCUCUGCAGCGAAAGACAAAUUAUAUGACUGCCUCACUGUCGAAAGGAAGUUGAGAGUCAUGCUUCAGUCAACUGAAGAGAAUCUAAAUGCUUUGAAGAAAAAGAGUGCAUUCUUGAAUCAGCUUGCUGCAAAAACAGUCCCUAAACCGUUACAUUGCCUUCCUCUACAACUUGCAUCUGACUAUUUCUUAUUGGGUUAUCAUAAUAGAGGGGAUGCAAACAAAGAAAAGCUUGAGGAUCCUUCUCUCUUCCACUAUGCCAUCUUUUCUGAUAAUGUUAUAGCAACAUCAGUGGUUGUUAAUUCUACCGUGCUGCAUGCGAAGGAACCCAACAAGCAUGUUUUUCAUGUAGUCACCGAUAAACUAAAUUAUGCUGCUAUGAGAAUGUGGUUUAUUGUCAACCCUCCUGCAGGAGCAACAGUCCAGGUUGAAAACAUUGAUGAUUUCAAAUGGCUGAAUUCUUCUUCGUGUUCUGUUCUCCGUCAACUUGAAUCUGCCAGACUUCAAGAAUAUUAUUUCAAGGCAAAUCAUCCUUCUUCCCUCUCUAUGGGUUCUGACUCUCUUAAAUAUCGGAAUCCAAAAUAUUUGUCCCUGCUGAAUCAUCUAAGAUUCUACCUUCCUGAUGUUUACCCAAAGCUGGACAAGAUCCUAUUUCUGGAUGACGAUAUUGUAGUUCAGAAGGAUUUGACGCCUAUUUGGUCUGUUGACCUUCAAGGGAAUGUAAAUGGUGCAGUGGAGACCUGUAAAGAGAGCUUCCAUCGGUAUGAUAAAUAUCUCAACUUCUCAAAUCCAUUAAUCUCUGAUAACUUUGAUUCCAAUGCUUGUGGCUGGGCAUUCGGCAUGAAUAUCUUCGACUUGAAGGAGUGGAGGAAGCGAAACAUCACUGGUAUAUAUCAUCGUUGGCAAGACAUGAAUGAGGACAGAACUCUUUGGAAACUUGGGACAUUGCCACCAGGACUUAUAACUUUCUACAACCUGACCUAUCCGCUGGAUCGGGGUUGGCAUGCGUUGGGACUUGGCUAUGACCCGGCCCUCAACAAAACGGCGAUAGAGAAUGCAGCUGUGAUCCAUUACAAUGGAAACUACAAGCCAUGGUUGGAUCUGGCUAUUUCAAAGUACAAGGCAUAUUGGUCAAGAUAUGUAAUGUCUGAUAACCCUUAUCUUCGACUUUGCAAAAUCAGUGAAUAAAAACCUAACCCCCCCCCCCCCUUCCCCUCACGGUCACCACACACACACACACUCACACAGACACUCGGCUCUCGUAAUAUCCGUCGGUCGGAAGAAGAAAUGGAAAUUCAAAAUUCUUUAUUUCUUUUAGAGACGUCAUUUUAGUGUAGGAAGAGAACGAAAAUGUUUCUGCAAACUGGAAAGCCUACAUUUUUUUGGGAGUUCCAAUAACAGCUUUCGAAAGCUAAUUCAAAGUUGCGAGUACGAAAAUUUUCCAAAACUUUC